AGCAAGGGCUGGAUCCUGGGCCCGGAGCUGUGCGACAUGUGGACGUCGAGCGACGUGCUGUGCUGCACCGCGUCCAUCCUGCACCUGGUGGCCAUCGCGGUGGACCGCUACUGGGCCGUCACCAACGUCGACUACAUCCACACGCGCAACUCGUCGCGCAUCGGCAUCAUGAUCAUCGUUGUCUGGGCCGUCGCGCUCAUCGUGUCGCUAGCACCGCAGUUCGGGUGGAAGGACCCGGAGUACCUGGACCGCAUCAACGUGCAGCAGCGCUGCCUGGUGAGCCAGGACGUGGCAUACCAGAUCUUCGCGACGUGCUCCACGUUCUACGUGCCGCUGCUCGUCAUCCUGGUGCUCUACUGGAAGAUCUUCCAGACGGCGCGCAAGAGGAUACACCGUCGACGCCAGCAGCGGCCGCUGGCGCCCUCAGUCGCCGCCGCCGCUGCCGCCGCCGCCGUCACCGCCAGUCGGCUUCCACCACCAUUAACCGCACCUGUAUUGACUGACCAAUUCCUGUCCAAGCGCCGCUUCCGCCGCCUGCGCGCCAGCAAGAAGUCGUCCGCCGCCGAGGCGCUCGUGUCGUCUCUCGCACUCGUCGAGGGACAGUCCACCGCCUCGGCAGAAGGUGUCAGCGAUGACGCGACCAGUGGCGUCCCUGCCACCACGUCGUCGCCCACGGAUGUGUGCGGCGACAGCACGGCCACCCUAGACGGCAGCGCGCCUGCCCUGGAAACGACGGCGUUCACCAUCAGCAAGGCGGUGGAGCAGCGCAGCGCCGCGGCCGCCAACGCAGGGGCGGCCGUGGGGGCGGGGCUGGCCGCCGCCUCCAACAGCGUGUCGCCCGAGAAGUCGUCCACGCCCACCACCACCAACAACGGCUCGGCCAGCCACCAGAGCCACAUGAGCGACAUGUCGCGCUCCGAGAUCCUGCACAAGGACGGCGGCCCAGGUGAGCCGCCCUCGCGCGCCAAGAAGGAGAGCCUCGAGGCGAAGCGCGAGCGCAAGGCGGCGAAGACGCUGGCCAUCAUCACGGGCGCCUUCGUCGUCUGCUGGCUGCCCUUCUUCAUUAUGGCGCUGCUCAUGCCGCUCUGCGACACCUGCGUCAUCAGCGAGGACCUGUCCAGCUUCUUCCUGUGGCUUGGCUACUUCAACUCCACCCUGAACCCCGUCAUUUACACCAUCUUCAGCCCCGAGUUUCGGCAGGCCUUCAAGCGCAUCCUGUGCGGUGCUGGCAGCCGACGCUCCAAGUUCCGCGCCGGCAAGCUCAGAUAA